GAUGGACGCCCUGAGGUCUGUCCAUUACGACAGCUCCACUAAAGUCCUGCUCACCUUCAAAAACAGGUUCUGGGAGGAUGACGGCAUCCAAGGGGGGAAGAGCAUCACAGAUGGGCCAUCUCGUUUCAUUUACUACCCCAGCCACAGUUUCCCAAAAAAUAAGACCAUUGGGGUCCUUUUGGCUUCCUACACCUGGUCUGAUAACUCACUACUAUUCCUAGGUCUAAACGAUGACCACCUUAAAGAGCUGGCUUUGAGAAAUUUGGAAAAGAUUCAUGGCAGGAAGGUCAGGGAUCUCUGCACAGGGGUGAAAGUGAAGAAGUGGAGCUCGGAUCCUUAUAGUUUGGGUGCAUUUGCUUUAUUUACACCCUACCAACACUUAGAAUAUGCUGCAGAGCUCUUUAAAAGUGAGGGCAAGGUGCACUUUGCUGGUGAGCACACAGCCUUCCCUCAUGCUUGGAUCGAGACAUCAAUGAAAUCAGCAAUCAGGGCGGCUAUCAACAUUAACAAAGCUGCAAACAAAGAGUCGGUCAGAAGUGCAACACGAGAGGAACUCUAAUGGAACGACUGUAUAGAUGAUUU